UCCGAUGUGUUCCGUUAUCAGCGACCUAAAGCCUGCCAUUCCAGCACCUGUCUUGCUAGGGAUCGGUGGAUAGUAUACGAUUCAGAAAGCAGACAAGGACAUAGGAGGAGAGAGAGCUCUAGAGAGACAGCCAGGGAUAGGCACAGAGAGCUUUGAAGUAAUUGGAUUCAAUGGACGAAAUGCUGCUGUUGACAAGAAUUCUCUUGGUGGGCUUCAUCUGCGCUCUUUUAGUCUCCUCUGGGCUGACUUGUGGACCAGGCAGGGGCAUUGGAAAAAGGAGACACCCCAAAAAGCUGACCCCUUUAGCCUAUAAGCAGUUUAUUCCCAAUGUGGCAGAGAAGACCCUAGGGGCCAGUGGAAGAUAUGAAGGGAAGAUCACAAGAAACUCCGAGAGAUUUAAAGAACUAACCCCAAAUUACAACCCUGACAUUAUUUUUAAGGAUGAAGAGAACACGGGAGCUGACAGACUGAUGACUCAGCGCUGCAAGGACAAGCUGAACGCUCUGGCGAUCUCGGUGAUGAACCAGUGGCCCGGGGUAAAGCUGCGGGUAACCGAGGGCUGGGACGAGGACGGCCACCACUCCGAGGAGUCCCUGCACUACGAGGGCCGCGCCGUGGACAUCACCACGUCGGACCGGGACCGCAGCAAGUACGGCAUGCUGGCCCGCCUGGCCGUCGAGGCUGGCUUCGACUGGGUCUACUACGAGUCCAAGGCGCACAUCCACUGCUCCGUCAAAGCAGAAAACUCAGUGGCAGCCAAAUCUGGUGGUUGCUUCCCUGGCUCGGCCACGGUGCACCUGGAGAAAGGUGGGACCAAGCUGGUGAAGGACCUGAGGCCUGGAGACAGGGUGCUGGUGGCCGACACCGAAGGCCGUCUGCUCUACAGCGACUUCCUCACCUUCCUGGACCGCGAGGACGGCUCCCACAAGCUCUUCUACGUCAUCGAGACCCGGCAUCCCCGGGCCCGGCUGCUGCUGACGGCCGCCCACCUCCUCUUCGUGGCCCCCCAGCAGAACCAGUCCGAGGCGGGGAGCGCCGGCAGCGGGCGGGCGCUGUUCGCCAGCCGCGUGCGGCCGGGCCAGCGCGUCUUCGUGCUGGGCGAGGGCGGGCGGCGGCUGCUGCCGGCGGCCGUGCACCGCGUGUCGCUGCGGGAGGAGGCGUCGGGAGCCUACGCGCCGCUCACCGCCCAGGGCACCAUCCUCAUCGACCGCGUGCUGGCCUCGUGCUACGCCGUCAUCGAGGAGCACAGCUGGGCGCACUGGGCCUUCGCUCCCUUCCGCCUGCUGCAGGCCCUGCUGGCCGCCCUCUGUCCCGCCGGGGUGGGGUGCCCCAUGGGAGACCCCACGGCCCCCGGCAUCCACUGGUACUCUCGGCUCCUCUACCGCAUCGGCAGCUGGGUGCUGGAUAGUGACUCUCUGCACCCGCUGGGCAUGAUGGUGUCGUCCAGCUGAGGGCACCCCGCGCCAUCCCGCCAGGCUCCAACGGAGAGACAGAGACACGGAGGGAGAGAGAGAGAGAGAGAGAGAGAGAAAGGAGAGAAAAAAAAAAGAAAGAAAAAAAAGAAAA